UUUUUAAAUAAAAGAAGAACAUAAAUUGACUUCUAAAGACAAAAUGAGAUCAAAAAAUAUAAUAGAGUGGAGUGUCCAUGAUGUUAUAAAUUGGCUUGAGCAGAGUGGUCACCAUAAAUUUUUAGAAAUAUUUGAGUUUUUUAAGGUCAAUGAUAUUGACGGGAAAGCAUUGUUAACACUCACAGAAGAUGAUUUAAAAACAAUGAAUCCAUGUAGAAUUGGUGCGAUUAAAAGACUGCAUAUUAGUAUCAAACAGUUGCAAAGGGAUAAUGUAGCGUUGUUAAUAGAACUGGGUCAUAUAGAGUCAUUUGCUACACAACAUUUGUUUGGUCCUAAGAGUAACGAUGUAAUUUUAGGUAGUGGAAUGAACGAUGGCUCCAUUGAACAUGAAUUCUAUUCUACAUCAAUUUCUGAAGACGGAACUGCUUCUCACUUACCUCCUGAGAUUUGGAAAACAUUUAUUAGUUUAGGAUAUUUAUUUAUUGUUACGUGGAUUACCGCAUUUGUGAUGGUUAUAGUACACGAUAGAGUGCCUGAUAUGAAAAAGUAUCCACCAUUACCAGACAUUUUUUUAGAUAAUGUGCCACAUAUACCUUGGGCCUUUGAUAUGUGUGAAAUAACUGGGACAUUACUCUUUGCUAUAUGGCUACUUGUUCUUAUUUUUCAUAAAUAUAGGUUUAUAUUGUUACGAAGAUUUUUUGCUUUAUCAGGGACAGUUUUUUUAUUAAGAUGUGUCACAAUGAUAAUUACUUCACUUUCUGUACCAGGAGCACAUUUACAAUGUCAGCCAAGAAAUAUUCCUAAUGUGGAUUUAUCUAUCAGUUUCUAUAAUGAACUUUAUAAUAAGAUUGAAAUGGCUUAUGUGAUAUGGCGGGGUGCUGGUAUGUCAAUUCAAGGAGUUAGAACUUGCGGAGAUUAUAUGUUUAGUGGACACACCGUAGCACUAACAAUGCUGAACUUCUUUAUUACAGAAUAUACUCCAAGGCAGCUUUAUUUUGUUCACACGUUUACAUGGAUGCUCAAUAUGUUUGGUAUUUUUUUCAUACUCGCUGCACAUGAACAUUACUCCAUUGAUGUUUUCGUUGCGUUUUAUAUUACUUCCCGGUUAUUUUUAUACUACCACACAUUAGCAAAUAAUCAAGCAUUAAUGCAGCGAGAUUCGAAUAGAACGAGAAUUUGGUUUCCGUUAUUCAGUUUCUUUGAAUCAUCUGUGGAUGGAAUUAUUCCAAAUGAAUAUGAAACACCAUCGAUAAUUAUUUAUAAUAUGAUCAGCACCAUUAAAGAAGUUUGCAAUUAUAUUCGAUUAUAUGAUUAA